UGCAGUUCUUGGGUAUGCACGGUUAUCGCAGUCUCGCAUUGUUAGGCUGAUAGACGUGUUUUUUGUGGUGAGAAUGUGAAUCGGACCUAUCGACAACCAUGUCGGGCAUUAUUAAAUAAAUUUUCAUUUAAAUAAUUAUCUAAACAGAGGAAACAGCGGCGCAUUAUUUUCGAGAAAAAGCCGUAUAAAAGUGGAACUGAUGAAAGAAGUUCGCCAACAAAGAUGAGUUCUUGAACAAACUUUGGAACUAUCCCAUGCACUAAGAGAAGAUGUUCUAAAUUGUUAUCGGUAACGAUUAGUUGAUACGUUGAUUUAACGAUGCAACGGUUUGAAAAGGGAAAAGACAAGGUAAAUUACGUGCAACGGGAAUUCACGUGAAAAGACGUGAGAAUUUCAGCCAAAUUGUUCGCACCUGAAUACUGUUGCCGUUUUUAAAAAGUGCUGGUUUUUGUCAGGCUCAAAAUAUGGACAACUUGUUUUCGUAUGGCUUGUACAACUGCAGUACUAUAAUUCUCAGACGAGACAUCACAAUCUUGUUGAUGUUAAAUCGUAGUGAACUUCUUAAUAUAUUGCAAAACGCUUUGGAUAGUUCUACGGAACGGGAAGUUCUACGUGAUGCUUUUUUAGACUGUUUCUUUAAUUAUCAAGAGCGGCCGUUUGACUUGUCAUGGUGGCAAAAGUUGUUCUGGUCCCUAAUAUUCGCUGCAAUGCUGUUGGUGGCAACCGGCGGCAACGUCAUCGUCAUAUGGAUCGUACUUGCACAUCAACGGAUGCGCACAGUCACCAACUAUUUUUUAGUUAACCUUUCCGUGGCUGACCUGAUGAUGUCAUUACUUAACUGUGUUUUCAACUUCAUUUUUCUACUGAAUUCUGACUGGCCAUUUGGCGUGGUGUACUGCACUAUCAACAACUUUGUAGCGCAUGUCACGGUCUCUUCAAGUGUGCUCACUCUUGUCACCAUUUCCUUCGAUAGAUAUAUGGCCAUUAUGAGACCUCUGAAACAUCAUAUGUCUCGGAAAAAGACGGUAAUGACUGUUUUUCUAAUAUGGGUCAUCUCUUCAACUUUGGCUGUGCCAUGUUUAUUAUAUUCAACAACAGAGUCUAGAAGGUAUUCGAAUGACAAGACUAGGAUUUCGUGUUACCUGGUAUGGCCAGACGGAACUUAUUUGCACAGCAGAAUUGAAUACUUUUAUAACAUCGUAUUUUUGAGCGUAACGUAUCUAGUACCUAUGGCGUUGAUGGCAAUAUGUUAUACCUUAAUGGGUCGAAAACUCUGGGGCUCAAAAUCCAUAGGAGAGCUAACGUAUUACCAAAAGAAAUCAAUAAAAUCUAAACGGAAGGUUGUGAAGAUGUUUAUCAUCGUAGUUGUGAUAUUCGCCAUCUGUUGGCUACCUUAUCAAGGGUUUUUUAUUUUCGUCUAUCACCACAGGCAUUUGGCGGAAAAUAGCAACAUCCAACAUGUUUAUUUAAGUUUCUAUUGGCUCGCCAUGUCAAAUGCCAUGGUAAAUCCUAUCAUAUACUACUGGAUGAACAAUAGAUUUCGGCUCUAUUUCCAACUGAUAAUAUGCAAACGUACAUACUGCGACGAUUCUCCAAUGCAUGACUUUGUAAAACGAACAGAUGUGAUACCUUACAACUCAAGUCGUCUUAAAUCCACUUCGAUACGUUGGAAGCAUAACAUGCCAAAGACACAGAUGCAAAAUAUACGAAUGCGAUCUACAUGUAUAAACGAUCACAAACAAGACACAACUACCGUCUGAUAACAUAAAUAACAUGUAAACAACAUAAUAAACAAGUUUUGUUUGUAAAUAGUAAAAUCUUGUGAUGAUUGUAAGUAUGAUAAUAAAUGUUAACUUAUUGUAACUCUGUCCUUGUUCUUGUACCUAUCUAAUACUAUACAACGUAAUACAUUAUAACGUAAUAUUGGAUUGGCAACUAAAUGAUUGCGGAUUUUGUCAUUACCACCUAAUGUAUAUAGUAUAUAUUAUAGUGUAUUAAAUUUAUUCGAAAGUAUUAGAAUAGUUUAUUGGACAAAGUGAUCGAUCCGAACUGUACGUAGCUCAUAAGGAUGACACGGCCGUCUGACGAGCGCAUGUUCCACUGUUGCAGAGUUUUUCGUUGGUCGGAGCUGUGUAAGAUAUUUUUUGUAUCUGGAAAUUUAACGCAAAGGUACGUUGAUCGCACAUUGUGGUAAAUAUAGCGUGAAGGGUAAUUCUAAUUAUCUUAUAUCUAGUUAUAGGUUAUCGGUUUGUAUCCCUUUGUAUAAAUUGCCCUGCGAGCAUGGAUGGACGAUGCAUCUGGAGAAAUGGACUGUGACGAAUAACAACGAGCAGCAAGAGGAUUAACAAGGGGAAAAAGGAAAAUUUAAUCGUUUAAAUUUAAUCGAAGGAACGUUUAAUCGUUGAUAAUGAGAAAAUUUAUUAUCUGGUUGGUUGCGUGCCAGCGUGGCAGAAAAAGUGUAAAACGAGGAAACGGCAGGGAGAAGUAUCUUGUAGAUGUGUAAAUAUGAAGUGUAAAUAAAAUCGUUUGGAAAUGUGAAACAUUUUGCGUAAAACAAGUAACGAUAACAGUGUAAAAAUAUAGGGUGAAAAGACAAGGUGUGUAAUAAAGAUGCGUAAAUAAAAUAAACGCGUUGCUAACUUGGGUGUGUGAAACGUGGAGCAGGAAAGGUAAUAACGAUGUUGACUCGGCAUGGAAAUUUGUCAAAACAUGGGUUAGUUUUGUUAGAAAAUUGUAAAAUAUGUAAAAAGAUUGUAGACGUUAGAUGCGUGAAAGUUGAAUAUAAUUUUCUGGAUGGCAAAAGAAUGGAUUUGUUUGGAUUCUAGGAGACUAAAGAAUAAAGAUACAUUUAGGAGAUGCGUGCGCGUUGUUUAUUCGACCAUUGACCAUAAAUUGUGAAAGUAGGCUUUAAAAAGAUAAAUGACAGAUAGAAUAGCUUGUGAAGGUUAAGAAUAUGGUUGCGUUAAGAAACGUGUAAUUGUGAAAUGUAUGGGUAAUGGAAUAAAAUACCACUACGAAAGGUAGUAAUUGUAUCUAGAAAUAUAUUAAUAAGGAAUAACACGAUUGCAAUCUUGUAAUUAUACAGAUAAUAUAUGGAAAGUGAUUAACGUUAAAUAACUUCCAUUUAAAGGAAUGAAAGGUAUUAGAAAUAAAAUGGAACGGUAUUGUUUAAAUGUAGUAAUUAUAUAGAAUUAUAGGAAAUAUGGUGGUAAUUACACAUCCUCGGUGUAAGCUUGGGUGAGAAUUAUAACGCCUU